AUGCCGCCCAAACACCCCAUCCCAGCGCACAAGACAUUUCCGCACCCGACAUCAACGACAUCCUUCUGGCGCACGGAACUCAGUCCAUUAGAUACAUACCGCUCGACGCCCAAUCUACCGCCUACCGUCGACAUCGCAAUCAUCGGCUCCGGCAUGUCCGGCGUCAGUAUCGCAUAUCACCUCUUGAAGACUGCAGCGCCAGAAUCCCAACCAUCGAUUCUCAUCCUCGAAGCACGCCAACUCUGCUCCGGCGCCACGGGGCGCAACGGCGGACACACGAAGCUCGCGGCCUGGCACAUGCAGAAAGCGUUCGACGUGCCGGUCCCGGGAGGUGGGCGCGCAGGGAUCGAGGCCGCGGAGGAGGUUAUUGCGUUUCAAGUCGCGCAGAUCACGGCUUUGAAGAAUGUGAUUGAGGAAGAGGGCAUUCAGUGUGAUUUCCUGCAGACACGGAGUUUUGAUGUUUUUCUCGAUGAACAGUUGAGUGGUGAGAGGGUCGACAUGGUUAGAGAGAAGAUUGCUGCGGGGCUCAAAACCGCGGGUAGGGAGGUGCAGAUUCUUGAUGGGCAGGGCACGGGCGUUCUGUCGCGGGAUGGUGUCCAGAGGAUCACGGGAGUCUCCUGCGCUUACGGCGCGCUGAACGUCCCUGCGGCACAGCUGUGGCCUUACAAAUUCGUGUCCGGUUUGCUUUCGAGCUUCAUUGACAAGAUCAAUUUUCAGACCGAGACACAGGUCAACUCUGUCUCUGACAUUCCUGAUGCCGACGGCUACCACACCCUCUCCACGGCGACACGAGGCGAAGUUCGCGCGAAGAAGGUCAUCUUCGCCACGAAUGCAUAUACCCCAGCUCUGCUGCCGGACAUAUACGAGCAUAAGAUCGUCCCGGUGCGGGGCACAGCCAGUUAUGUCGUAAGGAAAGAUGACGGUGACAGCCGAUUCCUCGACCUUCAGCACAGGGUCAACACGUAUAAUCUAGCCUAUGGUGGUGGGAUGCAGGACUAUUUGGUGCAUCGGCCGGACGGAGGCGUGAUUUUCGGUGGUGGAUAUGGUGUGUUUGGAACCCACGAAGAGCUGUUCAGAGGGACAGUUGACGACAGCAAGGUGGCCAUGGAAAAGGAGAUGAGAGAGUAUUUUGAGAAGCGUAUGACGACGACGUGGAAGGAUUGGGCUAUUUCUGGUGCGAAGGUCGAUCGGAUCUGGACAGGAAUCAUGGGCGCAACGCCUGACGGAUAUCCUCACAUUGGAGUCGUUCCAGGAAGGCGGAAUCAGUUCAUAUGUGCUGGCUUCAAUGGUGCCGGAAUGCCACAUAUCUUCCUGUCCGCAAAAGGCUUGGCUCGUAUGGUCAAUGAUGGGGUUGAGUUCAAGGAGACUGGAAUCCCAUCGAUAUUUGAGUCGAGGCUCGAUCGAUUGAAGAAUUGGUGA